AUGCCUAGUUCAUGCAGAGAUAUCCGUGAUGCGAUAGCGACUUGCCUCUUCGAAUCAGAGUGCGUCAAAGCAGGCCACCCAGGCAACGAGUGCCUCUCGAAUCCAGAACUUCGCGCACAAGUACCCGAGCAAUGUCUUCUGCUGCUCAAGAACUUCUAUGAUUGCAAACGCGGGUUACUAGACAUGCGCAAGCGCUUUAGAGGGAACGCACCCAUUUCACAACGGCCGCCGACUGUGGUUGAGGACCUGAAUGACGCUACUGGAUCUGGCGCAGAAGCGCAAGAUGUCCCCGUUGAUCCGGCACUAGCACAGCUGAAUCCUGCGACGCUUCCCACAGUGGGGCAAGGGUCCGAUCUAGAUGAUGAGAACGAUCUUGAAGAUGUUGCUGGAGAUGGAGACAAUGCAUUGCAUGACGCAGAGAAGAAUCACGAUGGUUUCUAUGAUGUGGAUGCAGCAGAAGAGUUUCUCGUGACGCUGGAUCUCGGUGCUACUCCUGUAGAUCUCUCGAGAGACUACAAACUGCUUGGGCUUGAUACAGAAACCCCGUUUCUCUUGGUGGAUGGACAAGUGUUUACUGGGUACUGGUCAACAAGUCUCGGGACAGAGAUGGUCUUUGAUCGUGUGUCUGGAGAACAUCAAUGUAACGUGGUCAAACGCAUCGUCUUUCGGCCUGCAAAACUCCGAAAGGCAGCUGAGGAGGCAGAGAAUGGUGGCAAGUCACUGCGCACACAAAUGUUGAGACGUGCACCGGAUGGGACAGUCGAUACGCUGGAGAACUUGAGGAAGCAGAAAGAGAUUGAUGCUGUCACUGGAAAGAGGCCCGUUUACACACAGCAAAAGCAAGAAGCUGGGGCCAGUCCUGAGCGAGUGCCUGCAGCCGUUGAGAAGAGUGCGACCCAAGAAAAUGGUACAACUCCACGAGCAGCCCAGGAUCAGGAUGAUGAUGUUGAGAUGGCCGAUGCCGAGUAG